AUGUACGAAAGACUCCUUUCCUUUCCCUUAUUACUGUUUGUGAGCGGAGAGGGAGGGCAGGAGUGGAGAGGACGUACGUGCAAAUCCGGCUGACAAACCACUCCCUGGUUCCAUUCUUGCAGGAAGUUCGGAAAGACUUUGGCCAAGCGGCAAUUGGACAUACCCGAAUAUGCUGCUAGCUUUGUCAACUACAAAGCCCUCAAGAAGGUAUUGUUGGGCCGAGAAAUACUCCCUGUUGUUUGGAUGCCCUCCGUCUACCUCGUUCUCAAAUGGCCCCUUGGGUUAUCAUUACCCCCGCCCCCACUGUUGUGUCGUGGUCGUUGUGUCUUCCCUGGUGGUGGUACAAAGCUUAGUACUGAUUGACGGUAUCUAUAUAGCUUAUCAAGCAUCUGGGGGUCGGAGUGGGGCCUGGUGCACCUCCGGUGCCUAUCCAGAGCCCUGGCGGCCGGUCCUUAAGCGACCCGCGGGCUACGCUCCAGGCGAACAGGGCUACCUUUUUCUUCAGACUUGUGCGUUUGCCCCUUCCCCCCCCUCCGUGGUUUCACAUGGAAAAAGCUAAGGGGCACAGGAACGAGAGUUGGAGAAGGUCAAUACCUUUUACUUGCAGAAGGAGGAAGAGGUUUGCCCUUUAGAAUCUGUAGUUUGAAUGCUAUAUUGGGAACUAAUUUUGGUGGUGGUGGUGUGGAUAUAGCUGAAAUUACGGCUCAAGACCCUGACGGAUAAGAAGAAGAUCAUGCAAUCGAGGAGCCAGACUACUUCGAAGAUUUCUGCGACUUAUAUAACCCUACAGGAGGGGUUUCAACAAUUCGAGAACGACCUGAAUAAGCUACAGCAGUUUGUCGAGAUCAACGCUACCGCAUUUUCAAAGAUUUUGAAGAAGGUUUGAGCAUCUCCGUCAUGUGCUAUGGUUCGUUUUUUUUGCUAAUAAGGCUUCUAGUGGGAUAAAUCGUCAAAGGUAUUGUAGCUUCGGCGGUGGGGGUCAAAUGUGUAAUUUUAGGCACGGCGCUUAUUCGGUUGCGUUCUAGUCACGGACGAAAGAGCUGUAUCUCUCUAGAGCUGUCGAAGUCCAGCCUUGUUUUAACAGAGAUGUUAUUACUGAGCUCUCUGACCAGGCGACGACGAGUUUAUUGGAGUUGGAGGCGUGGGCGGAAGGAGAGAACAUUACUGAUGGAAAAGCUAGUGAGCAAUCGACAGACGGCCGACCCCUAGGUUCUGUUGAAGGGGAAGAGGACACAGAGCUUUUGAAGGCGGUGUAUUCGGAAAAUACAACUGCCCUAAAGGAAUGGAUCAAUAGGUUAAAAUCAUCGGGGAAUCCACAGCAAGCCGUGACAAGAACGUUUCUUGCUGCAAUCGCGGAAGGAUCCGAGGAGUCUCUAGGGGUGUUGAUGGAUUCGGGGUUGGUGGAUUUCCAAUACGAGGACGAGAUAAACGAGAGGAAUUGUCUGCAUGAAGCGGCGAACGCAAGGAGGGUAUCGGUGCUGAGCGAGCUGUUGAAGCGUGAUGUUGAUGUUAGCCGGGCGGAUGUGUAUGGGCGGAUUCCUCUGCAUUAUUCUGCAAUGCAUGGCCAUGUUGAGAUGGUUCAGCUACUGGUUAAUGUCAUGCCCUCGACAAUCGAUGCUAUGGAUCAUGACAACUUUACACCUCUGAUACACGCCAUAACACAUAAUCAGCAAGAGGUUGUUCGUCAGUUAAUCGAUUGCAAUGCUAGAGUAGACCCCCGGGAUGAGAAGGAUUAUAUUCCGUUGAAUUUGGCUUGUCAACAUGGGUAUUGCGAGAUUUCUGAGAUCUUGUUGCAACACAAGGCUCGAAUUCUACCCGAUGCGGAAGGGCUCUUUCCGCAGCACCUGGUUGCGCGGUCCGGUAAGUCCGUACAGCUUCUCAUGACGUUGAAGCAAUAUGGGGCAAACCCGAAUGAACUGGACAAGCUAUUCCAGUGGACUGCUGUGUUCCAUGCUGCAAGCGAGGGACACGUUGAGUGCUUAAAAACUUUGUUGGAGAGUGGAGCUCGGUGGGAUAUACUUGACGAGAAGGGAUUAUCGGCAAUGUAUUAUGCAGCCUGGGAGGGCCAUCUAGAGUGCAUGCAGUUACUCUCUGCCGCUGGGGGUGCACUUGGGGGCUUAGGAACUGCUGCUCCAAUGAAGCCGUCACCGGCGUCUAUUGCUUCGACGGUAUCUGGAACGCAGAUGACUAUCGAUUCCGAUGGAAUUCCAGAUCUUUCCCUUCCCCCUCCCAUACUUCCCCUCCGGAGGUAUGGGCAUAACUUCCUGGAGAAUAAGACAUUCGUUCAGCUCACAUUCGAUGAAACGGAUGGCAAGCCAAUUGCAUUCUAUCACGAGGGCAAAUACCCUGCAGCAAGGCUUACGAUAUCGUCGAAGUCAUCCGAUCUCAUUCCUCGAAAUAUACUUCUUCCUCUGAACGAGGAUGCGAAGGUUGUAUCUUUCCAAAUUGAUACACUAGAUAUGUUUACCAUUGACUUUGAUAUUUACCCUACUUUUGGAUCCAAGGUCAUCGCGCGCACAGUGGCUUUGCCCAAUACUUUUAGCGCCCAGAGCUCCGGCCAUUGCGUCCUGCCCCUCUUUGAUUCAAGACUUAGAGCCAUCGGACGGAUUUCAUUCGACUUCCAGAUUAUCAAUCCAUUUCAAGGCGUACCACUGGAAAUCACUCACUUUGCAACGUACUGGAAGGCGACGAAUCAGUUUGAUUCACAUCCGAACGCGCUUGUUACUGGGUCGUCGCUAGCUGGGGAAUAUGGCCGACUUUGCAUCCAGCUCACUAGCGAUGGGGUACCGGUUAUAUACCCUUCAUGGAGUAUUCCGUUUAGUGGGCUUGAAGUCCCCGUUUGUAGUGUUACUCAUGCCCAAUUCCAGAAGAUUGGUGCCCAAGCAGGGAGCGAUGAAGCCCAACAGCGAUUACCCAAUAUCCAAAGCCUGGCAGAAUUACAUUUCCUUCUCGCAUACUCGUUCUUGACUCUCCGGGAGGUGUUGUCAUUGCUACCGGUUGACGUGCAUCUUGAUCUUAACGUUAUAUACCCGACGUGCACGGAAAAGCGGCAUCAUGGGCUUGGCGGGACUAUGAACGCCAAUUCUUUUGUGGACGCUGUCUUGACCGUGGCCUUCGAUCAUGCCAGGGCGCUGAAGCAGGAAUCACCAGAUCUCACCCGGUCGAUUGUUUUUUCGUCGUUUAAUUCUAAUGUGUGCACAGCGCUGAACUGGAAGCAGCCGAACUGUAUGGAGUUCCGCACUUAUCAAUCAAUGUCGCUUUGGCUGACUGCUGCGCAGACCCGGUGUUCUACUGCAAUGAUCUUGGAAAGGAGCCGGGCGACGACCUUCAGGGGACAGCAUCCAGCACUAGAAGUCGAACCUCAUUGAAGGAAGCGGUCAGGUUUGCCUCUAGCAAUAAUCUAAUGGGUAUAAUAUGCUCGUCCAGGCUUAUGGUAAGUGGUGGUGCUGUUGUUUUUCUUGGUUGUCAUGGGUUAUCACUCAUAACUAUAGGAAAUGGUACCUGCUCUUGUACGGAGCGUCAAGGUUGCUGGCCUGGUGCUGGUAGCGCACACGGCAAAUGACCCCUCCCCAUCAAUAAUAUCAUGUGUUGACGGCGUUUUGAGUAAAGAGGGCGUGUUGAAGUUUGAGGAGACGAUAGACAUGUAAAACUGGAAUGUGGUUUGCUUCUUCCCUUGUUGAGGGUGUGGACGCGUCGGAUUAUUUUCCGUUGGUCACUUGUGUUCCUGAGGUAGAUCGAAAGACCAUUUACAGUUUUUCUUCACUUCUUCUCGCUCAUUAUCCACUCAGCCAUCCAUGGAGAGCCACUUUUUUUUGUAUUGUGUCAAGCCAUGUUCCGCAUGCUUAAUUUCCAUAUGUACAUAGACCUCAGAUCGUAGACCGUGACCCCUCCAUCAAUGUGUGCAUGAUCCGUCCAGACAUUAUAUCCAUCGAUCACGUAGCGGUAGUAGCAGCCUGAGGAUAUGGGCCCACCGCAGAAUUAUCGAGCAAGCCAAUCCUGCGCCCGUCCCUCAUUACCAGGCUCCAAUCCAACGUUUCAAACUAAAGCUCGCACAGUUAGCCCUCCCUCCACUCUCCCCACCAGCACCAGCACCACCACCAAAACGCCCCCAAAAGCAUAUGGGAUAGCAAAUUGGGAAACACUCACAAGCCCCAUCCUCCCCCUCACGCUCCGAAAGCGCAUGACCCCCUCUCCCUUUGUCCCCUUGACACUAUAAGCAAUGUCAAUAUCCCCACGUAACUGACUCAUCGUGCCCUGAAUCCACGGCACCCUACUCUUGAACGAGAUGUCAUCCCCCAGCGAUUCUCGCGCGACGGGGUGCACGCGGAGCGCGUAGAGCGUUGACGAGACAACACUCGAGGAGGACUUCUGGUAGUUGAAGAGGCCGACGGCCGCUAGUAGGAGUAUGCUUGCGAAUAGCGGGAUUGUGAGGAGGGUUGCGAUGGGGGUUUUUCUUGGGCCUGUGGGUUCGUGAGGCGUUAGUGGAGUUACUGGUUGGUUGGUGGGGAGGAUAGAGGGAGGGGGAGGAGGAACCGGGGAGUUGGCGGUCGGGGCGGCGUUCGGUGAAUGUGCCUAUUGGCCGGGCAGUUGUGGUUAGUGCGCGGGGGAGUGGGCGAGGGAAUGGCCGGGGGAGGCAGAAGAGGAAGGAAGGGGAGGAGACAGGAGAGCGGGCUCUUGUUAGGGAUUUGAGCAUUGUGUCUUGUGCGAUUUGUAGGUUGCA